AAAAGUCGCAAACAGCUGAUAACAGCUGAUAAGUUCACUAUUUAAAAACCGUUUUGUAAAUUUGUGGAUUAAAAUGUGAAAAAUUAAAUACACUUCAGCGCAAACUAAAAAAAAAAAAGUUAAAAAAAAAAUUGAUCUACAAUAACAAACCUAUAAUUUUAUUUAUCAAUUUCUAUAUUAAUAUGAAAGAAACAUUAAAAGAACGUGAUAUAAGAAUCUUUGCGUAUGGGGGCAUUGCUUCAAUUUUGGCAGAGUUUGGUACUUUUCCAAUUGACACCACCAAGACUCGACUGCAAAUUCAGGGACAAAAAAUAGAUAAAAAGUUUUCCCAGUUACGGUACGGUGGCAUGAUUGAUGCUUUCUUUAAGAUAGCUCGAGACGAAGGUGUUACAGCUCUAUAUUCAGGUGUAUGGCCGGCAGUUUUGCGGCAAGCUGUUUACGGGACUAUAAAAUACGGUACAUAUUACUCUUUAAAAAGUUUUGCUAGAGAAGGCGGUUUGUUGGUGGACCCAAAAACUGGUAGUGAACGGGUGUGGUGUACAGUAGUAUGCGCCGCGACUGCAGGAGUUAUAUCCUCAGCUUUAGCCAAUCCCACUGAUGUUUUAAAAGUACGCAUGCAAGUUUCUGGUAAAGGUAGCCGACAAAAAAGUUUAUGGAAAUGCUUCUACGAAAUCUACAAAUUUGAAGGAGUAAAAGGCUUGUGGCGUGGCGUAGUGCCAACCACUCAGCGAGCUAUUAUAAUAACAUCAGUCGAUUUGCCAGUUUAUGAUUUUUGCAAAUCUCGUUUGUUAAAUAUAUUUGGUGAUCAGCCCAUAACACACUGUAUGCGCUCAAUUAGUUCUAGUUCUAUAUCAAGUCUCUCAGCAGCUAUAGCGUCUACCCCAAUGGAUGUCGUGCGCACCAGAUUAAUGAAUCAGAAACAUUUACUUGCUUUGAACGAAACAAACGUUACGCAAAAUAUCUACAGAGGCAGUUUCCAUUGUGCUAUAGAAACAGUACGCCAUGAAGGUCUAAUGGCCUUAUAUAAAGGUUUUAUACCCGCUUGGAUGCGUAUGGGGCCCUGGAAUGCUAUAUUUUUCGUGACUUUUGAGCAAAUGAAGAAAUUAUAGCAUGAAUUGUUUCGCCCAUUAUAUAACAAAAGAAAAUAUAGAAACCUCAAGAGAUUGUUUUUUGAAAUCAUCAAUAAAAACUGCUUUCAAAGUGUGCAGAGGAUUAUAAUAUCCCUAUAAAACGUAAUGAAUACUCAUAAAAGUAACUAAGAAAAAUUUUGAAAAUAUCAAAUUAUCUAAGCUCGUGGGCAACUAAACAUUUUAAGAUUUCAAUAUAAUCUUGCUUAAGUGCGAUAAUGGUGAAAAACCGC